AUGGAGAGAUCAGAAGAGAGUAUUGAUCAAAUUCUUGCAAAGCUUGAAAAGGUUAAAGAUCCAGUUCGUGAUAACUAUAAUUAUUAUUGUUAUCAAGGAUUUUGGAUCCAAGAAGUUAUAUUGAAACGUAUAUUAUCUUUUCCAAUUGAUCAAUUUGUGGCACAAGAUGAUGAUAUUUUGUUAACUUCUUGCCCAAAAUCAGGUACUACUUGGUUACAAUCUCUUGUUUUUUCUAUUGUGAAACGCAAUAGUAAUAGUAAUAGUAAUAACCCUUUGAUUAGUUCCAAUCCACAUAAUCUUAUUCAUCCACUUGAAUUGUCCUUAAACGACGAAUCGAAGCAAAGGAUUAUGUUUACGCAUUUUCCUUACUCUGCGUUACCACCCUCGAUCAAGCACUCUAAGUGUAAGAUCAUAUACAUAUGUAGAAAUCCAUUGGAUUUGUUUAUUUCACAUUGGCAUUUUGUUCAUCAGAUUCUCGGAGAUGUUAUUGAACCAAAUCAUUUAGAAGAGUGUUUCGAUAUGUUUUGUAAAGGAAUCCAUGCGUUUGGACCGUUUUGGGAACAUAUUUUAGGGUUUUGGAAAGCAAGUUUAGAAAUGCCUGAGAGGAUAUUAUUUCUAAAAUACGAAGAACUUAAAAAAGACAACGUGUUUUUUAGUAAAAAGAUAGCUGAUUUUUUGGGAUUUCCAUUUUCAACUGAGGAAGAAAAUCGUGGCGUUCCAAAAGAAAUAGAAAAAAUGUGUAGCUUUGAGAAUAUGAAAAAUGUGGAUAUGAAUAAGACUAGCAAACAUUCUCUUGGGAUGUCUAAUAGUUCAUUCUUUAGAAAAGGUGAGAUAGCAGAUUGGGUUAAUUAUUUGACACCUGAAAUGGCUGAGAUUGGAAAGAAACUCAUUGAAGAAAAGUUUGGAGAGUCUGGUUUAAUGUUUGAUUUCUAG